ACCGUCUGCCCCGGAAGCGGUCGGAGCGCGGCGCGCUUAGGCGCUAAGAUGGCCGCGGCGUGAGUUGCACGUUGUGUGAGGAUCCAGGGGCCGCCGCGUCGCUCGGCCCCCGCCAUGGCUGUCACUAUCACACUCAAAACGCUGCAGCAGCAGACCUUCAAGAUUCGCAUGGAACCUGACGAAACGGUGAAGGUGCUAAAGGAAAAGAUAGAAGCUGAGAAGGGUCGUGAUGCCUUCCCCGUGGCUGGACAGAAACUCAUUUAUGCUGGCAAGAUCUUGAGUGAUGAUGUCCCCAUCAGGGACUAUCGAAUCGAUGAGAAGAACUUUGUGGUCGUCAUGGUGACCAAGGCCAAAACUAGCCCAGGCACCUCGGUUCCCCCAGAGGCCUCACCCACUGCUACCCCGGAGUCCUCCACAUCCUUCCCUACGGCCCCUGCCUCAGGCAUGUCCCAUCCCCCACCUACUGCCAGAGAGGACAAGAGUCCAUCGGAGGAAUCAGUCCCCACGACAUCCCCGGAGUCUUUGUCAGGCUCUGUUCCCUCUUCAGGUAGCAGCGGGCGAGAGGAAGACGCGGCCUCCACACUAGUGACUGGCUCUGAGUAUGAGACCAUGCUGACGGAGAUCAUGUCCAUGGGCUAUGAGCGGGAACGGGUCGUGGCUGCCCUGAGAGCCAGCUACAACAACCCCCACCGAGCUGUGGAGUAUCUACUUACGGGAAUACCUGGGAGCCCUGAGCCAGAGCACGGUUCUGUCCAGGAGAGCCAGGUAACCGAGCAGCCAGCCCCGGAAGCAGCAGGAGAGAAUCCCCUGGAGUUCCUGCGGGACCAGCCCCAGUUCCAGAACAUGCGGCAGGUGAUUCAGCAGAAUCCGGCACUGCUGCCUGCCCUGCUCCAGCAGCUGGGCCAAGAGAACCCUCAGCUUUUGCAGCAAAUCAGCAGACACCAGGAACAGUUCAUCCAGAUGCUAAACGAGCCCCCUGGGGAGCUGGCGGACAUCUCAGAUGUGGAGGGUGAGGUGGGCGCCAUAGGCGAGGAGGCCCCACAGAUGAACUACAUCCAGGUGACACCACAGGAGAAAGAGGCUAUAGAGAGGUUGAAGGCCCUGGGCUUCCCAGAGAGCCUGGUCAUCCAGGCCUACUUCGCAUGUGAAAAAAACGAGAACUUGGCUGCCAACUUCCUCCUGAGUCAGAACUUUGAUGAUGAGUGAUGCUGGGAGGCCAGGCCGCCCCCCUCCCCAUCUCCCAACUCCACAAAAGUUUUAUAAAAGAAAAAAAUAUAUAUAUAUUCAUGUUUAUUUAAGAAGUGGGAAAAAAAUCAAAAACUUUAAAAAAAUCCGAAACACCCCAACUUCCAACCCUCCUAGAGUGGCCCCCAUUGCCAUCUUGGCCUGAGAAGACCCAGGCCAGACAGCUGUCCCCCAUCCCCCGCCCCAUCCCUGCCAGCUUCUUCGAGCUGGCAGGACUGGAGGCGACAGAUGGGCCCCUCUUGGCCUCUGUCCCAGCUCCCUGCAGCCAGAUGGAGAGGCGGCUGCUUACUUCUCCCUUCCCUGAAGAGCCCCUGAGACCUUCCCCCACCUUCUUCCAGGAUGAGGGAAAGCUGGAGCUCCAAACUUUCAUCCUCCAUUGGAGUGGCCCAAACCUUUCCAUCUGGGGUGAGGCCCAAGGCCCCCCACCCCAGUCUGGCCUUGCCCUCCAGCCUAUAUCCCUUUGCUGGGGAGGAGACCUGUUUGGUUCUGUCUGGGUUAGGGCUAACAGCUACUCUGGACGUCAAGGCCACCCCUACCACAGGAUAGAACUACAUCUCUGAUAAAGGUUUUGAAGUGAAUAAAGUUUUAAAAGCCA